AUGCUGGCUGCUAUGGAUAAUGAUUGGCGCGAAUGUAUCAAUAUUGAUAAGCAUUUGCAUGUAAUGACAAUCAAAGCGAAGAUGUCGCAUUCUAUUUCUAACACUUUAUUGAGUUUUAUUGCGUUUGUUGCGGUACCUUAUCUCUUAAGCGAUUACUCUAUUCAUGCUGAAAAUGGAAUUUUCGUAUUAGUAAAAGCAGUUGGUGGUUACCUGGCUAUAAUAAUUGAAGUCUUUGUCAUUUGCUUUGCUGGAGAAUAUCUUAGCUCAAAGAGUAAAUCAGUUGCUGAUGCAAUAUAUGAAACGUUGUGGUAUGAUAUGCCGUCACAUCAAAGUAAAAUUAUAGUAUUUAUAAUAAUGAGAUCUCAGAAACGACUGACGAUCACGGCAGAAAAAGUAAUGGAUAUGUCAUUUGAAACUUUUACAAGUAUCAUGAAAGCGUCAGUGUCAUAUGUAUCUGUUCUGUACGCUAUGUAUUAAUACAGAAGAAAAUACAUUUGCUGAAAAGAUAACAUAAUUAAUGAAUAUAUAAGUCAAUAAGAUAGAACAUAUUAACUAUAUUUAAUAUAAUAUUUUUGUGUGUUAUUAA